AGCUCACACGGUAAACGAGUUUUUGCUCCUCGCCCGCCUCAGGGGAGCAACUGCUUUGCCCAACCAACAAUUACGUGCCGCCGGCGCCGCGAGGGGUGAGCGUAGGAGACGAGUUUUUCUUUCGGCUACGAAAGAGGGAAACUCCGUCAUUGAUUGACUUCAUCCUCACCCCGGAAGAGAAGGAAAGGGGCGCGGCCGUUUCGGCCGUCCAGCGCAGGAAAAAGAGGUAGCUUUCAAAGGCCUGGAAUAAACAGAAAGGGGGCUGAAAGCCCGCCUCCUCGUACUAAGAGGGUCCCCGAGGUGGCUUUUGCGUCUUUACGCACAGCGACUUAUGCGGAAGCCUCUUCUCUCCAGGGUUAGGCGGGUGGUAAGAGAGUAGCGUUCUCCUCUGCUCAGGCCUUUCUAAACUCCUGCCCUUUCCCACUGGCUAGAGGGAGCCAGAGCAGAAGGCCUCUCACAGGAUUCGAGGGGCAAAGAAAUCUGCUACUUUCCCCAACUCCUCUCUGCCUUUAGCUUGCAACUUCAUAGUUGGCAUAGUUCUGUCGUUCCUGGUAGGAGAAGCAAUAAGAUGGCGGGGGGGGGAGCCCAACCUUGCGGGCGCGGCUCAAGCCCUCUCCCGGUUCCUCUGCUUGUGUGUGUCCCGCUGCAAACUGGAGCAUAUUGCCAGAUGUGUAUUAGUUGUAAGGUGUUCCCCUCACACCUCCUGUCUUCCGCACAGAUUCUGUCGAACGUGCCGUUCUCUCUUUUAUUAUACUUUGGGAUUCCUUUGACGUUUGAGGAGUAGGCGCCGAAGCUGUCUCUGACAUCAGCCUGAACGUCACUUUCCCUCCUAGGAAGUAGGCUCCUGGUGUGCAAGAUACCCAAGUUGAGCACAUGAGAGAGAGAUGGCUUCACUUGGUGGCUCAAGGAAAUGUGUGUUAAUUCGACUGACAUCUUUGGCUAGUUGGAGAAAGUGCAUUAAUCCUUACAAGUUUUCCAGUGAAGCCUUGAAUGGACACCAGCAUCAAAUGGUUAAGUGCCCAUCAUGGAAGAAAAGUAAAAGACAGUACUUAAUGACUGAAAGUUCCAAUGUUUACAGAAACUUCAUCAAUAAAAGUCCAGGGUGGUUUUUGAAUCCUAAGAAUGCAGAAAUUUGCAAAGUCACGCACAGCUAUUCUAGGAGGCUUUGCAUUCUUUCUCAGCAAAGGGCAAGAGGAGAGGAGGUAUUUGGAACUGUUCCAGAGGUCCAGAUCUCCAGGCCUUUUCAUGGAUCUUCAGCACUGAAGGCUGCUCCAGCUCCAAUUUUGUGGAUAAUCUUGAAGCCAGCUCAGAAACUUCUUGCUAUCAUACUUGGGAGGAGCAUAAGAAAAUGGUGGAAGGCACUUCCUCCAGACAAGAAGGAGCUAUUUAAAGAAGCUACAAGAAGAAAUAAAUGGAAGAUAGCCCUGGGUCUGUGUAGUUUAGGAGUUAUAUUUAUCCUGUUUUAUUUUACUCAUUUGGAGGAGACACCAAUCACUGGACGUGCUCGACUUCUGGUGUUUGGGAAAGAACAGUUUGCUGAAUUGUCCCAGAUCGAGUAUAACAUGUGGGUAGAAGAAUUUAAAAGUAGAAUGUUACCUGAAAGAGACCCCCGUUACCAGGUGGUCAAAAAAGCUGUUAUUCACCUAGCAGACAGCAACAAGGAUGUUCCAGAAGUCUCUGAGUUCAAAUGGACUAUCCAUGUGGUGGAAGGACCAGACAUUAAUGCUUUUGUGUUUCCAAAUGGACACGUGUUUGUUUUCACUGGUAUGCUAACUGCAGUGUCAGAUAUCAAUCAGCUGUCUUUCAUUUUGGGACAUGAAAUUGCUCAUGCUGUGCUGGGUCAUGCUGCAGAAAAGGCAAGCUUGGCACAUUUCUUGGAUUUUCUGGCGCUCAUUCUUCUCAUAAUGAUUUGGGCUGUCUGUCCUAGAGACAGUCUAGCAAUUAUAGGCCAGUGGAUCCAGGCCAGGUUUCAGGAGUUGCUGUUCGAUAGGCCAUACAGCAGGACAUUAGAAGCAGAAGCUGACAAAGUUGGACUUCAGUUUGCUGCUAAGGCUUGUAUGGAUAUAAGAGCAAGUUCUGUAUUCUGGCAGCAAAUGGAACUAGCUGAAACUAUUAAGGGACAACCAAGAUUACCAGAAUGGCUUUCUACACACCCUUCCCAUGAGAAUCGAGCUGAGCAUUUGGACAGACUUAUUCCAGAGGCAAUUAAAAUUAGGGAGCAUUGCAAUUGCCCAGCUUUGCCUGGAAAGGAUCCACGCCUUAUUUUCAAACUGAGCGUGCAGCAUUUUCUACAAGCGUCCAAAGAUGAUGAAGGACCAAAUGUCACUCAUAAUGGUAUUCACAAAGCAAAGGUGAAUCUUCCUUUCAUUAAAAAGGAGAAGAUGCCUGUACACACUGUAGUUGAAAAAGAACUGUCCAGGUGAAGGCAGAAAUACCCCUUGAAUUAAUUUUACUCAAAUGUCCAUUACAUGGUGCUAUGAUUUUCUGAAACCUAUUUAGGAAUUUUGAAAUGGCUGAA